AAGUCUUGUUGAGUUGCACCCAAGGCCAAAAUUUAUCUCAACUUGCUUUCAUUUUAUCAUAAUAACAAUUAUGAUUAUGAUUGGAACAAUUUAAACCCAAGUUCAUCAAAUAAUUAGCACAAUUUCUCUUUCAAGAUUACCUCAAAUUCAACCUGGAAUUCCCACACGGAGUUUGAAUAAUCCCUUUAUUUAGUAUUUCGCAAUCAUUUUUAUUUCCACAAAUAUCUGAAUCAAUCAAUCAGUCAUUCUCAAAAGUUAUUGGAAUAUCAGAUCCAUUUUAGUUCGAAUCGUUUCAUCACACCUAUGGGCAUCAUUUGAUGAUCCAUAAAUGAAAGGGUUUCAGUUUGAUUCUCUAGAAAUCUAGAGCAUUGCAAUCGUUUAUGGUAUGUUUAUUGUUUUGAUUGGGACAGAGUUUCCAAGAUUAGAGAUCGCAGAAGCAGAGGCUGAGCACAUAGAGCGGUGACCAUUGCUAUGAUAUCUCUUUAGGAGAAAGAACUUGUGGCGGCUACUGAUAAAUGUAGUAUUCAAAACCCAGAUUCUUGAUUCAGUAUGAGAAGCAUCUUCUUACUUGUCAUUUCCUCUUUUGAUUUUACUUUCCUUCCGUCUGCUGCUGAAAAUUAUGGCUGUGGUUGUUAGAUCAUUCAAUUUGAAGAACCCCUUCGUUUUCGCCAUUCUUCCCAAGCUUUCUCCUCUUCAGAUCCUUUUCAGAGGAAUGGUAAUGGUAGUUUUCUAUAAUAUGGAUUGGUUUGGCAUUGAACGAAGAAGAAGAGGGCAUCUGCUGUUGGAUUAGUCUUAUCACAAAGAAGCAUUUUUAUUUAUUUUCUUUUACAAAUAAAACUGUACACGUGAAGUAAAAUUACUGGUUCUUUUGUGCAAACUCUCUAUGAGAAUGCAUUGGAGAUCAAUAUGAGAGGUGCUGGAAAGAGAUUGAUGGAGGAAUCUGAAAAAUGUUCUCACUCCAAGCUGGAAUCUGGAUCAGAGUUGAUCUUUUCUCUGAAGUUGACAAGGUGUAGCAAAAUAUCCCAUUCCAAGCAGAAAAAAUCAAGAAUGAAAUCACAUUCACAGGCGAUUUGUUCAACAUUCAAGAGGAGACCUCUCCCUAAAUCUUUGAGUAAGGGGAAUAAAAAUGUGACAAUUAGACAACUUGCUGGUAAAAAAUUUUUGCUAAAAAAACUUGAUACAAAACCGUCCAAGGAGUUACUCUUGUCAAAGCUUCAAGGUGAAAAAUCUCUGUCAUCAACUAAUACGAAAGGGAAUGCAGAAAAGGUUGAGCCGGUGGUCAAGAUAAACCAACAAAGGAAGAGGAAGAAGAACAAAGGAAAAAAGGAAAAAGUGGAGUUAGAUGAAGCUUCUCGCCUACAGAGGAGAACAAGAUACCUUAUCAUUAAAAUGAAGCUAGAGCAAAACCUUAUUGAUGCUUACUCUGGAGAAGGUUGGAAAGGCCAGAGUCGAGAAAAAAUUAGGCCAGAAAAGGAACUUCAGAGAGCCAUGAAGCAGAUAUUAAAGUGCAAACUUGGAAUCCGUGAUGCUAUUCGCCAGCUGGAUUUGCUUGGUUCAGUAGGAUGCAUUGAAGACUCUGUUAUUGGUCCUGAUGGAUCUGUCUACCACGAGCAUAUAUUCUGUGCAAAAUGUAAACUACGUGAAGCUUUCCCAGACAAUGACAUUAUACUUUGUGAUGGGACAUGCAACUGUGCUUUUCACCAAAAAUGUCUGGAUCCACCAUUAGACACGAAAAGUAUUCCUCCAGGAGAUCAGGGUUGGUUUUGCAAAUUUUGUGAGUGCAAGAUGGAAAUAUUGGAAGGAAUGAAUGCACAUCUUGGUACUCGAUUCUCAUUGAACAUUGGUUGGGAGGACAUUUUCAAAGAAGAAGCUGCUUUCCCAGAUGGUGGGAAUGCGUUGCUUAAUCAUGAGGAAGAUUGGCCCUCAGAUGAUUCGGAAGAUGAUGACUAUGAUCCAGAUAAGAAAGAGAAUUGCCAUGACAACGCAAGUGAGGAAGAAAAUGACAAGGAGGUUUUGGAGGAGUCCAGUAGUUCAACCAGCUUGAGUUGGUCUUUAGAUGGCGAGGAUUUAGUUUCCGGAAACGGUAUUGGAUGUGAAGAUCACUUUGGUGCUGGUACCAGCAUAGUUUCUGAUGGAUCCAAUGAAGAGGGCAUCACAUGCGGCCGACGGCAGCGACAUGCUGUUGAUUAUAAAAAGUUAUAUGAUGAAAUGUUUGGAAAGGAUACUCCAGCACACGAACAAGAAGUGAGUGAAGAUGAAGACUGGGGACCUGCAAAAAGAAGACGGAGAGAAAAGGAAUGUGAUGCUGCAAGUACUCUCAUGUCCCUCUGUGAAAGCGAAAAAAAGAGUCAAGACAUUGACAUGGAAGCAGAGAAAAAACUUCUCAAUUCUCACGGUAGAUCAUUUUUCAGAAUCCCACGUCAUGCAGUUGAGAAACUUCGCAAAGUGUUUGCUGAUAAUGAACUUCCCUCUAGAGACGUCAAGGAAAACCUUUCAAAAGAAUUGGGUCUUGAUGCUGAAAAGGUCAGCAAAUGGUUCAAGAAUGCACGAUAUUCUGCACUAAGAACUAGAAAGGCGGAGGGAGCAACACAACCCCAUAGUUCUCAUAAGACUUCCAAUGAGCUCAGAUUAGCAGAUUCAAAGGAAAUGUCUAAGAAUCUUCUUUCAUUAGAGAACGCACCAAUUAAAGAACUGCAGCUGAAGUUGCACGGAAGUCAUAGCAAGAAAAAGCAGCACAGAAAAUCAUCACAUGUAUCUUCCAACUAUAACAAGGAUGCUUUUGAUUUUGGUGAUGAUAUAAGCUUGAAGAAUCUCCUAAAGAAAAGAAAAACAAAGGUAAAGAAGAGGGUAAACUUUGUAGCGAGAGGUGAAGGUCAAGCAGCAGAAUUGGAGAUGGAGAGAUUGUGUAAAAUUAAGGGUAGAUUAGAGACAAUGAAGCAGAAAUUACUUAGACUAUCGAAAAGGAAGGAUGAUGGGAUUUUAGAUAGGUCACACAUGAUUGAACAGUCUAUUGUAUAUGUUCCUGUGGCAGUGUUAAAGGAAAAGGUUUGAUCUUGUACAGUUUACUUUGAUUUUUCUACCCCAUUUUCAAAGGUGGGGUCUUAUGAUAUAAUCUUAAAUACCUGAAUUUUGUUUUUAAACUUUCAAUCAGAUGCUUCAAGUUCCAAUAUUGCAUAUUAAGGAAAUAUUCUCUUAAAA